UCAUCUGACACUGGCAAAGUAAGCCAGAGAGUUACGAAGUGUGCAAGAGAGGAGGAAGAGGGAGAAGUUAGAAAGAAAAGAAGAGGGAAAGAGGGAAAAACCUAAUCCUAAAUCAAGACUGAGCAAAAUUGUCAACAGUAGAAGAGUAAAAGAAGAACGUCAGAAUGUCAACUCUGGUGAAAGAGACAAAUCUGGAAGAUGCCAACAAUGAAAGCUUCUGGAUGCCAGGAAACUACCAGAGCACAGUCCGGCGCACCGAGGAGUGCUUCCAGGCCUGUAACUUCGUGGUGGCGUGCUUCCAGGAGAGGGCCCGUGUGGAGAAGCAGUACGCCCAGCAGCUCAGUGAGUGGAGCAACAAGUGGAAGCCCCUGGUAGACAGCAGCCCUCUGUAUGGCUCCCUGCUGAGGGCAUGGCAGUGCUUCCUCUCCUCUGCUGAACGCCUGUCUACCUUGCACUCCUCCAUCUGUCGGUCCCUUGUUUCUGAAGACGGGGAGAGAGUGAGGACCUGGCAGAAAGAGACAUUCCACAAGAAAAUGUUUGGGGGCUUUCGGGAAUCUCAUGACUUCGAAAUAGGCUUCGCUCGUGCCCAAAAACCCUGGGCAAAGAGGUUGAAAAAGCUGGAGAAGGUGCGCAAUGCAUACCACAAGGCGAGCCGCAAGGCACAGGCCGCCCAGGACAGAGACACACAUGCCAAUGGGAAUCCUGACUACGCCAUCGAGAAGCAAAAGAAGAUACAGGAAGAGAGGGAACACGCUGUUCAGGAAAAAGAUAAAGUGCGUGGUUGCUAUGAAAAAGUAUUAGAGGAAGUUACGCGCUAUGCUCCACGCUACAUGGAGGAAAUGGAAUCCAUUUUUGACCAAUCUCAGGAGGAAGAGAGGAAGAGGAUCAGUUUCCUCAAACAGGUUUUCCUGUCCAUACACAGACAUCUUGAUGUAACCAAUAAUGAAAGUGUGAAGGCAGUAUAUAGUGAGCUCCACCACACCCUCAUGUCCGUUGAUGAACAGGAUGACCUCCGCUGGUGGAAGAACCAACGCGGCCCAGGCAUGCCCACUGACUGGCCGUCUUUCCAGGAAUGGAUUCCGCCUGAAAAAAAGACAAAGGGAAAGAAUGAGAUACAAAAAACAAACCCUCUAGAAAGAACUGCAAUGGUAGGAGGUGUGAGAGUGAGAGCUCUCUAUGACUAUGUGGGACAAGAAACCGACGAACUCUCCUUUAAAGCAGGGGAGGACUUCCUGAAGAUACAGGAAGAGGAUGAUCAGGGCUGGUGCAGAGGAAUGAAGGAUGGUGGUCGAGAAGGACUGUACCCUGCAAAUUAUGUAGAGGUCUUGUAGUACCUCUGUCCAACCACAAGAGGGAUUUGUUUCCAUCCAAAAUGACUUUGCUGACAGUACAGUGGUGGUGUUAUUGCUAUUAAUGCAUUCAUUCUGAACCCUUGUGUUUGGAGCCACAACAGAUUAUCUGCUGAAUGUUAUUAAUUCCAUAUCAAGACAUUGAAUCAUCUUCUUUCAAAUGUAUACACACAUAAAAGUCUUUAAUCUUUGAUUCUAAAGUUCAACUCACCAAAUUAAUUAUUUUGCAUAUCACAUUCAAAAUGACAGUCAAGGCUUGUGAAACAAGCUUUCCACAGUGCUUUAAAAUUGGCAUUCUAAAUACUUUGUGAAGGAUAUAUAUGACUGCGUACAAUAUAAAACGUCUGGAAAGUCUAGAUUGGUGCUGGCUUAACUCUUGGAAGAAAGGGGAAUGUACUGUAGGUUGAGAAGGGCUUAUAUGAAUUAGAUUAAUUUGCCUAAAUUGUCAAUACAUUAUUUAGACUGCUUAGAGAGAGAGACUGGCAGGUCCUUUCAUCAGUUUUAUAUUUGCUCUUAUCAAAUUACAUUAACGUGGAUAUAAUUAUACAUGGUAGGCUUUCAGAAAGCUCUGUUUUUAACUGUUUUAUAGUGCUUAUAGAUAUACUUUACCAUUGUUAUAUCAAUUCAGUUUUUCUUAGAUUCAUUAUAACUGAGAUAUGCCUGGUCAUGACAGGAGGGAGGAGCUCAGGCUGUUUCUUCUUUUUUUUUGCUUCAUUGUUUUGCACAAAUACUGCAUCUGUGAUGGUUUAAGAAAUGCAUUUAUUUUAUGUGCAGAAUUAAACAAAACCAAAUAGAGAAUAUUGAAAAUUGAACUUUACAUAAUUAAUAUUUGUAUUUAUAUGUUCAUAUGUUUACUAUACAUCUAUCCAGAUAUCACAAGUCAGAGAAUAUGUAAUCUUGCCAGAGGCUAAGGUUGACUCUUGGUGCUUUAGUUCUCAGUGUCUGGUUUUCUAUCUGUCUGUAGAGGAGCCUCAUCCAUCUUUAUUUUUUUUUCCCCCUGAUCUGUUGCCGAUAGUGGUGUACAGUGCGUUGGGCUCUGACAUGUUUUGUGGGUGUGUGAAUUUACAUCAGCGAAUUAAAUGUUAACCAAAAACUAUAUAUUAAAUAAAUAUUAAUAUGUGGAAUACA